CCAGCAUGAAAGUCAACUGCGAACUGUCAAACCAUUUCGUCAACAAAUCAAAUUACACAAUUCCUUCCGUGGUUUGGUAAAAACAAAGCUCGUGCGGUGUGGUGAAGUGUUCAGAUUACUAAUGUCCAAGUACAAGGAACUUACCAAACUUACGACGACGUACGCCCGUCGGAUGAACUACCUUUCGAAUCGGAUCUUUGGGGAAGUGGCCCGCCCGACCAACUCCCAGUCGAUGAAGGUGGUCAAGAUGUUCAGCGAAGAGCCGGUGCACAAGCGAGACUACGUGGUGAACUGGUACCCCCGGCACGUUGAAACCCAUCUACUGGCGAUGAAACUCCGCGAGUAUGGUCUGUUCCGUGAUGAGCAUCAGGAUUUCAAGGAGGAAAUGAAACGGUUACGUGCGCUCCGUGGCAAGGCACCUCCGAAGAAGGGCGAAGGAAAGCGUGCCAAGAAGUAGGAACGAGCAGGAGACGUCCCACGUGCUGCCGGAUUUGUCGGAUGCAAUGUACAACAAAUAUAGAUCGUUUCGUUUAACCAUA